AUGUCCAACCGAAAGGUUCAUUUUUCAUCUCCUUUGGUAAGUGGCCAGGAGCGCAGCGCUGCUAACACUGGUGCUUUGCCGGAGUGGACAACAGCAUCCAAGAGCUAUCUGGCAAAAUUGGAUGUGCCAACAUCUCUAGAGUCCCAACAAACAGACUCCAUCAUGCAAGAUGAUGUGGACGAGCUCGUUGAAGAUGGCCCAUCAUACAAUCUUGGGUGGGCAGAUAUUCUGGCCAAAUCUGCAACUGCUGUCUCCACGUCAGUGGAUGAUUUCUCUACUGGGCCUUCAUAUGAUCUCAGAUGGGGUGCCACUAAAACAUCCAACAUCGCAGCAGAGAACAUGUCGGAGUUGAUCGAUCCGGAAGAGGGACUGGUGUACAAUUUAGGGUGGGGUGUUUCUGACAUUUCAUCCAGAUAUCGGAUUGAUGGCCGCAUGGAGGUGUUGGAUGGUGGAGAUGAUGGACCAAUACCGGACAACAUCAUCGAUCUUUGUGGUGAUGACAGACCUGUUUAUAAUCUCGGAUGGGGAUAUGGACAGCAAGAGGUUAUUGAGCUGUCGGAUGACCAACCCAAUGAUGACAGAAAUGUCAAUGAAGGGUUCAGAAAUCCGGUACAUGGAGAUAUGGACAUCAACCAAGAUUCCAAGGAAAGCUCAGCCAUCAAAAUCAUAGAAGAUGAUUAUGAAGGCACCCAAACUAUUCUUAGGGUGAAUUGCCGACUGAAGACAUUUGGUAACACCUUGACUGACGAGCACAUGCAUGCUAUGAUAGAGAACACCACAAAUGGCUUGACAGCAUCUCACGCACCAGCUGAGAUUCUGUUAGAGAAUAGGGACGUUCUCAGAGGUUAUGUGGAUGCCCAAAAACAGGUGACCAAUGCUGAGAGGGAUAUUUGCAGGCUGCACUAG